UUAUCUAAUUUGUUUCCUUCGCUAUUUAGCUACAGUAAUAUCUUAACGUUGUGUGUUUCAAGCUACAUAUUUGACAUUUAGCAAUCUAGAUAGCUAUUAGAUAGGCUAACUAACUAACUUAUAUAUAAUGUACGUCUGUAGCUUUAUCUAGCUAGCUAACAUGCAUUCUACCAUAACAAUUCGUUUUUAACUUCCAGUGCUGUCCAGUCGUUCCGCAUCUCUUCUGGAAUGGAUUAUGGGAAGGAGAGGGUUGUGGCGUUGGUGGAUAUGGACUGUUUCUACGUGCAAGUGGAACAGAGGCUGAACCCAGCGCUGAAAAACACACCGUGUGUGGUCGCACAGUACAAGACAUGGAAGGGAGGCGGUAUCAUAGCUGUGAGUUAUGAGGCCAGGGCCCAUGGUGUCACCAGGAACAUGUGGGCAGACGAUGCCAAGAAACUGUGCCCAGAUCUCCAGGUUGCAAGGGUCAGAGAGUCACGUGGGAAGGCAGACCUCACCCAUUACCGGGAGGCGAGUGUACAGGUGUUUGAGGUGAUGUCACGCUUCGCUGUGCUCGAGAGGGCCAGUAUUGACGAGGCCUACAUGGACCUGACUGCUGCGAUACAGCAGAGAUUGAAAAGCAUGACUGACCAGCAGGUAGACCCUCAGCUCCUGAAGACCAGCCACGUCCAGGGCUACCCACGGGCUCCUCUUGACCAGGAAGAGGCAGCACAGGACACCACAAGUGAUAAAGAAGAGCGAAGGUCCAGUGGCCUGCAGCAGUGGCUGUCCUCUGUGUCAGGCGGCUCUGGCUGUGCAGAGCUGCAGUUGGCUCUGGGGGCUGUGAUCGUCGAGGAGAUGAGGGCUGCAGUGGAGCAGCACACAGGCUACCGCUGCUCGGCAGGGAUAUCCCACAACAAGGUGCUGGCUAAACUAGCCUGUGGUCUGAACAAACCCAACCGCCAGACACUCCUGCCAUUAGGCUCUGUUCCAGAGCUCUUCAACUCACUUCCCAUUGGCAAAAUCCGAAACCUGGGGGGUAAGCUGGGGGCGUCCAUCACAGAGACCCUGGAGGUAGAGAACAUGGGGGAACUAACCCGCUUCUCUCAGGCCCAGCUGGGACAGCACUUUGGAGACAAGACUGGCCAGUGGCUGUAUGACAUGUGUCGGGGGAUUGACUUUGAGGCAGUGAAGCCCAGACAACUCCCUAAAUCCAUCGGCUGCAGCAAGAACUUCCCUGGGAAGACAUCUCUCACUACCAGAGAGAAGGUGCAGCACUGGCUCUAUCAGCUGGCUCUGGAGCUGGAGGAGAGACUGACCAAGGACAGAGAGCUGAAUGGUCGUGUGGCUAAGCAGUUGACUGUGGGUGUAAGGCAGUUGGGUGAUAAAAGGCCCAGCAGUUUCUCUCGGUGCUGCUCAUUGGCACGCUACGACGCCACCAAGAUCUCCUCGGACAGCUUCGCAAUCCUCAAGAGUCUCAACACAGCAGGGAACCAUCAGGCAGCAUGGACUCCUCCCCUCACCAUGCUCCACAUUUCGGCUAGUAAAUUUAGUGAUUCACCCUCUGCCGGGGCCGGAGGAAUCUCCAGCUUCCUGUCCAGUGAUGUCACUUCCACCCAGGCCUCCACUCAGUCUUGCUCAAAGGACUCCACCCCCAAGAGACCCGGCGCCAUCCAGUCCUUCUUCCAAAGAUCUGCAGAGAAACAGAGGAAGGAGGGAGAGGAAGAAGAGAAUGAUAGGGGCUAUGGAACCUUUGUCCCGCCUUCCUCUUUUCCUGUGUCUUUCUCUGUAGUAGAGAGGAGUGUGUCUGAGAAAAAAACAACAACCUCAACUGUCUCUAGUACAUCUUGUCACUCUUCUUUUGUUGUCAGUUCAUCAGCCAGCCCCUAUACUGGCAUCACUUCCUUCUUUCAGAGGAAGACACUUGGGAGAAACCAGCAGCCCGUAACCGCAGCCUCACACAGCGACAAUCUCGCAACAGGCAGAACAAGAUGUUCCACAGUAGGAUAUGAUACAAUAGGGAGUGUCCAACUUUUAACAGACACAGUUGGGUGUGAAAUAGCAGGAAGUUACACAGCUCCGGGAGCUGAAAUAUGUGACGAGCAGACUGCGAAUGCAAAAGGACAACACACUAAACACACUCAACUCACUAGUUCAAACCAAGCAAAGGAGCAAUCUCUGGGGUCUGGGGAGGGAACUUGUACUCUAUCAGAGGAAAAACAGUCUGUGGGGUCAGACUUGCCCUACUAUCCCCCUUCUGACCUGCCUCAGUGCCUGGCCAGUGUGGCCAAAGAGGACCUGCUGACCUGUGAGUGCUGUGGCCAGGACGUGCUGGCCUGGGAGAUGCCUGAACAUAAUGACUACCACUUUGCCUUGGACCUACAGAACUCUUUCUCCUCUACAAGCACAACCACCAACACCUCUCUUCAUUCCUCCUCUUUUUCCUCUGUUUCAACUGCCUUCUGCCCCCCUCUCAGGGCAGGCGCCCUUCAGUUGUCCCGGGGGAAGACGCGGGCCAGAGGCCAGUCAACACCCCAGCCUAAACGGCCCCGCUCCCAAGGUGGUAGUACUGGUACGCUGGACUCCUUCUUCAAGAGGAGCUGAGGACAACGUGGAGGAAAAGAAGAGACGGACCAUGAAAGGAGGUAGAGAAUCCACUGUGCUGGACUGGUUACUUUUGCUGAUGCUAUUUAAACUGACCAACAAUAUUCACUGCCAAAACAAUUUAUGCGAUUGUAUGGUGAGAUGCUGUUUUAUUGUAAUAGCAAUUGUACAGAAUAAAUAUUUUUACCUAUAGAAAAUGAACAUAUUGUAUGAUAGUUCUACAGAUAUUGGUAAAGCCAUACUUUCCUGGAGGUCCUCUUUCAAGGCAUAUGUUGUCUGGAGAAGCUUGUAUAUUUCUGUGAUCGUGUUUCCAUUAAACAUUGAAAAUAG